AGAGAGCACGCCCCGCAUGCACUCGUAAACAGAUCCGUGCAAGUAAACACGACGCAAUUGUUUCCGUUCGCGUACAAGUUAACGCAUUGUGGAUAAGUGUACGUUUUCAUAAUGGAUGUACGGUGCAGUGUCGGCUCCGGCUUGUGAAGCAGUGUGGUAAGCCGGCCGAGUCCUGCCCAGUAUGUGACGUCAUGUCUCUUAGUCCUUACGGAUAUUACCAACCAGCAGGUCCUCUGAUCAAAGAGAGCAGCGCAGAGGCUGAACGAGCGCUGGCGAGGUACCAUCCACCACCACAUUACCACGCGCCACAUCCACCGGUUCUACAGCAGUAUGGGCCGUAUUACCCCGCGGACCUGUGCUACGGGCGCUAUUUCAGGCCGCAGGGACCUUACCACAUGGCGCCCCCACAGCCCGAAUCACCGAUGGUCGGUGUUGGCAGUGAGCCGUACCCCGCGCCGCAGUACUACGGUGCUCCGCCCUGCUACCAACACUCACCCCAGAGGAUACCAUAUGUCGAGUAUCGAGGAUGCCCGUGCCCAUUAAACGCGUGUCCAAAAAACGUCCUUAUUGGGCCCGCUACUGGUAAGGCCCCGUCCGGUGGCGGCCCAGGAGACGUUUCCUCGACCAUGUUGCCGCCCGGGGGGCCCUUCCGACCGAAGGCGAGGGCGUGCGCGCUCGACAACGUGCCCGACACGCACGGCAGCGGCAAGGAUCCGCCGUUAGAGACAGAGCCUCCGGAACCACCGACAGCGUCUGAUGCACCACACCCUUGUACACUGCCGGAUAUGGGAGGAGCAUCGCCGAAACGUGAGCUAUACGAUGUACGGGACAACUUGCGAUUGGUUGGUGACCUACCAGGCUCGGCUGAAGCCCUAGGACCACCAUCCCCAGCGAGAGGCUCCGCGGGUAUAUGUGCCCCACAACCACCACCCAUUGCACCAAGACGGGCACGACUAGGGAAAGCAAUGGCGAGAAAAUCCCUUGUUGGUGAUGACACGGCGCUUUUACUAUCAACACCUCAACGACCCUGCUCCCAACAAAAUGAUGGUGAUGAUGAUGUUCUGGCCAUAUCACCACCUCUUUGCGCACCAAUCGAUUUGUCGUCAUCUGAUGAAAGGACAACGCCACUUGUAGAUGUAAAAAAAGAAAAUGAAGGUCCCACCUUUGCUUUAUCAAGAAAAGCAGAUGCACAGGCGCUUAAGGAACAUAAUACCUCAAACUUGUCGGAUACAGUUGCUCCCGCAGAAAUUACAAAGCCAGUAAAAAGAAGAUAUUCGAGGCCAAAGCUUGAAAUUGAAAUGAAAGAUGUUCAACUUGAUGAUGUUUGUAAAACAAAUGGCAUAGGUGAACAUGUGAAAUUGCAAAAGCGUCGAAAAGUUUCGGGUGAUCAAACAGAUUCCCCAAAACCAGAAACUAUUGUAAAAGAGCCUAAAAGAAGAACAAGCCAAAACAAAAAAUCAUUGGAAAAGAAAAGCAAUAAAAGGAAAUCUGAUACAGUUGUUACUGAACCUAAGGCUAAGAAAAUGCCCCUGGAGAGUACAAUCAAUAAUGAUCAACGAGUUCAAAUUCUUCCCAUUAUACAAGAUAAUAUAUUAGUACCAGAGGAUCCUUACUGUCUUAAGCCAAAGAAUAAAAGUGCAGUUGUGUUAGACAAUCUAAUUAAAAAGAAUAGUGUGGAGAGAACAGAAAUCAAAGGCUUGGCUAAUUCAGAUACUAUACUAAGCCCAGCGGAUCUCUUUCUACCAUCAAAUGAAAAUACCCUGCUACACACUCCAAAGAGAACGUUAAAUAUUAAUAACAAUGUAGUGGAAAGCAGUACAAAUACAAAUGGAGUUAAACCUAAAACAAUUGCAGCUGUAAGUCAACUGAUAGAGAAGAAAUUGGCCAGUAAAAAUGCGUGCAAAUUAGAAAGAGUUGAUUCCCGAGUUACCCAUACUUUAAAAUCAGUAUUAAAUGGUGGUUCGAAUAAAGAGUCGCUGAAAAAUUUCAAAGAUGAAGACAUUAAAAGUGUAGUCCCUUCUAACAUUGAAAAGUGUGUUGAAAUCAGUGCUGUGAAUAGCAUCAUCAAAAUAAAAGACAAGUGUGAUAUACCCAAGGUAAAAAGCGAAAAUUUGGUAACAGAUAUCGUUAAAUAUGAUACAUUUACGCUAAAACCUCUAAAAACGCAGAAGUCAUCAGCUGUGACAAAAUCAGAAACAGGCAAAGAACAGUGCAUUACAAAUAAUACAUGUGAAUCUCAAUUAUUAAAAAAGGAAAGCAAUGAAUUUUCUUUGGAGAAAUCUAUGAAAGAAAUUGAUUUUCUAUCGAGCAAUAUGAUAAGUUCAGUUGCAGACGUUGCAUCGAGUGACGAGAUAAAAAGGAAAACUGUUGAAAAGGUUGUUAAACUUUUAUCAAAAAGACAAGCUAAGAACGAUGAGGCUGUGGCAGAUAUUGAAACUUUAGAUUCUAAUAUAGAAGGCUACAAAUCAAGUGUAGACAAAUCGAAACGAUGUAAAAUAACGGUUGAGAAGCAAAAUGGAGGAGAAUUUAAAGCAAAAAGUGUGGAAAAAGUGGCAAAAUUACUUGUAUCCAAGAAGACAGUACUAAAAACCGAUGAUGCAUCUUUAGUGAUCGAGGAUGCGUGUUCGUCGUUGGAUGCUACCGUGAAGCGGAGAACAAAGCGGCGCCGUAGCGGGGCGAGGCGGCCGCGGAGGAUGGUGGCCCCGCUCGCUCCACCAGACAUCAGUCCGCGACCGCCGCCUCGCUGGAGCAACGGUUGGCAGUGGGACGGAGAUUGCUACCUCUCUAAAGUCUACCUCAACAACGACUCCCGGCAAGACAUGACCGCUCGGUGCUGGUCGCGGAUGAGCCACGCCAGCGGCGACCGCGUGGCGCGCGGCGACUGUGUCUUGCUGAGGGCGUCCCCGGCGCGAGCACAACCCUUCGUCGCGAGGGUGGCCAGCCUCUGGGAGAACCCUAACGAUGGUGAGAUGAUGGUGUCCCUGGUGUGGUACUACCGGCCCGAGCACACGGACCGAGGCCGCCUGCCCACCGAUGCCCCCGACGAGGUGUUCGCUUCCCGACACAGAGACGCAAACUCCGUGGCCUGCAUCGAGGACAAGUGCUACGUGCUGACCUUCAAUGAAUACUGCAGGUAUAAGAAACGACUAAAAGCAAUGAAGGAAGGUAUAACAAUAGCACCAUCGAUUGUACCAGCCCUUCCAUCGAGCGAAGUGACACCCGCAGUAGCCCCCAACGAUACAAAGUUACCACCUUCAGUCUCUCCAGAGCUCGUUCUAUUCUGCCGAAGGAUAUAUGACUUCAGGUCAAAGAAGAUACACGAGCCGAACAAGUGAAAUAGCGGGAAAAAUAACAUGGACUCAAUUUAAACAAGACAAGAAACGAUGUCAUAGAGUAUAUAUAAGACUUAGCCCAAGAGAACUAACUCUGUGCAUCUGUGAGAUAGCGGUUUUUUCAUUCGUGGAGGUGAAAGAAGUAGUGUCUCGAUUUAAUACAAACUUUUUCGAUUUCAGUAGCGUGUGCGUAUUAUUCGUAACAGUUUUUUUUUUUUAUCUUUUGAAAUGCGUUCCAUUGCUUUCAAUGUCGUAGAUGAUGAUUUUGUAGUUAUUUUGCUACUAUCAUUUGCUGGUUGAUAAUAAUGUUGAUAAAUGAUGCCUUUUUAUAAAAGUUAAGUAGAUGUAAGUGGUGAAUGCAUAAUUAUUGUGAAUAGAUUCUUUUGCUUAUGAGAAACUGUGCCCGACUUCAUACUUCCGUAGGUGACUAUUAAGAGAUAAAUAAAUUAAUAUAAUAACAUUAUUGUUGUUUAUGUGGAUACUUCUUCAUACUUAUUAAAAUCCCGACGCAUUUAUAUUAAAUUUAUAUAGUAUUGAUUCAUCACCAUUUGUAACUAUUAUGUUUUGUCCGGUAUAUUACUUUUGAUCAUCUUAUAAAUGUUCUGUUUUGUAAUGAAAAAUCGGAUACUCGCACAAUAAUAAACAAAUAUUUGUUUAAAAUAAAAACUUUCAUGUAUUUACGCGAAAUCCUGUAGACACGGACCCCAGUUACACCUCGGCUUUACUCCAUUACUAUUUUAGAAAUCAUGCUUUUAUAUGUGUAUUUCAAAAACAUAGUAUAGUUUAUAGAUUUAAAAUCAGUAAGUAGGUUCUCAUGACGAACAUGAAUGUUACAAGCUUGUCAUGGGCUGAACCUGAAAUAUUAACUGCAGUAAUUUUCUUAACAGUACAAAUUUAUUUUCGAUAUCUUAUAAGGUACUGGUAAGUUUUAUCCUACUUUUACCUGGCAUAAUUAAAGUUUUAGAAGCUCAUGUAAUAAUUUGAAAUAAUUCAGAUUAUUAUAAUAAUACUUAAGUAGGUAUACCAUAACCUACUGUUACGAGAAGUCCUAAGUAAUACAAUUCAGUCAAUGUUUCUACGUAACUGUAAAAAAAUAUGAUACCAUGAUGUUUUUUUGGUAACCAGGCAAUAAAAUCUUAUAAAAAAUGAGGUUCAUAUGUAGUCAUUGACAAUGAACUGAGUUUUGGCCGCACAUAAUUAACCAAUCUGUAGUAAAAGAUAAUGCGAACGUGUAGCUAAGUCUCUUUUACUUAUCUGUGGCAAACAUUGACACAUGAUGUGGAUAACGCGUAGAUAGAAGAUGAACAAUAGAUGCGUCGCUAAAAUAAUAAUAAUAACGUGACAGAGACACAUAAAUUAGAUUGGUAUUGAGAGUAAGCGAGAUGCACCACAAUAUCUGCUAUCCCUUUCGCGUAUGCGAUUUUUUUGCUCGGACCCAGUUCGGCUCCCAAGAAAUAAUGGCUGCCGUGGUGAAAUACGGUUUAAUGAAAUUCUGAUUGAAUAAAUUCUGAUUUUUGAUAUGUAAUUGAGUGAUUUGGUGUGAAUUUGUGAAUUUAGUUAUUCUUUACAUGGGACGUUGUUGUUUAUUACGUUGUACAGUUCGUACUACAGAAUGAAAAAACAUAGCACAUGUCACAGACUAUAGCUAUCUCAUUUACAUACGCUGACAGCGAAUCUAGCGGCCAUCUUCUAUCUACGGUAUAACGACACCAUUCUGAAUAUUUGAGACACAUUAGCAAAAGUCAUAUAGACUUACAAUAUAGAAGCGUAUAGACGAUCUGACAGCCGAUAAUUCCUGAACAAUUUUGAAUUGUCAAUGUGCUUAUCUAGUGGUUUAUUAAUAUUCUUUAUAUUACAUAUAUAAUUUGUUGACUGUUUACGACUUGUCAAUGAAAAUCAGUAACAAUAACAAUAGAUUCGCUUUCCUCCUCUACCUUGCUGUAUCUCCGUUAGAGAUAUAUGUUCUUCCCUCUCGCACGUUUUUUUUCGUCUAAACGCUGGUAUAUUGUAAGUCUGUGGCAAAAAUUAAGUAAAUAAAUAUUGCAUUGGUAUCUAAUAAUAUAAAUUUGACACGGUCUUUUGCAAUUUAAUAUUAAAAUAAGACGUUAUUCCAGAAAAACGUUCCAAACCACAAUCAUAUCGAAAUUUAGUUAAAAACACAUAACUGGUCACGUGAUUCAUAUUAACGGACUGACAAAAAUGGCAGACCUACUGCUUUACCUACUACUUUGAAUGACAUAAUGACUUAGUAGCCCAACCAACAUGUAUGGAAUACACUAAUAUUUGUUAAACUUUAAACACGAAUUCCUUAAAAUGUGAUGUUUGUGGCUUGAAACGAUUUUCAUUAACUACGUCGAAUUGAGAAUUAACACUACGAAACAUUGAUUUCAGCAAUUGUAUUCAAGGAAGUUUUACUUUUACUCUACUUAUUUAUUAUAAGACUGAUUUUAAAAAUCAAUUUUACAGUUUACACAGUUUUCAGUUACCUUUAUUAAAAAUCAAUGUGUAGAAAAUGACAUAUAACAGCGUUACAGUCAGAAAACAAAUAUUUACUUACAAAAUAAACACAUGGGAACAUUGUAACAUAUUUUAAAUAUAAUAUUAGUGAAUAGUUUAAUAGUAUACUUAGCAUGUGAGAUGAAAAGUGAAGAACGAAUGUUGUGGUAAAUCUUGCGAUGCGAUUGAAUAAAACGUCUCAAACUCAAAACAAAUUGAGACUUGAUCGGUUUGAGACGUGCUAUAUUUAUAUACAAGUUUCGUAAUGUUAUGUAAUGAAUAGAAUUUCACCUUUUGUGGUAAACUUUUAUUUAUCUGAAUGUAGUCUUAAACUAAUAAAUACCUGGGUUACCAUUUAACUCAUUAAAAAGAGAAAAAUAUUCUACAUACUUGAAAGAAGAUUAACACUUUUCGAUUUUGGGUAUUCCCAGGAUUUAUUAUGACGUCGGUCUCGUUUCCAACUUAUAGCUGUGUAAAUGAGUCAUUCUUAGGCACUUGUCCCAACACCGGCCAUGAUAGAAAAUCAAGAAGGCCUAGAAACGCAUCACGUUGGCGUCUGGUAUUCCACGACCACGCGUUUUUCAAGAAAUUUCACGCACAGCCACUUCGUGGAAUCAAUUACCGGCUGUUGUUUUUCCGAACCGAUACGACUUAGGGACCUUCAAGAAAAGAGCAUACUCACACCUCAAAGGCCGGCAACGCAUCUCUCGCAGAUGUUCAUGGGCGGUUGCCUCACCACUCCCAUCCCGUGAGCCUCUUGCCCGUUUGCCUUCUCUUAUAUAAAAAAAAAUUGUGGCUUGCUGUAGACAGCAUGCGAGAGCCCACUGCUCACACUGUAGUUGAACAUUGCUCAGCAUUAUUUUUCUUUAGUGGCUUUUGUCGCUGCGACAAACUAGUAUAGAGUCCUCGCUAGUCGCCAGCAGCGUGAACACUCAGCGAUCAACUGUUAAUACCUAUGUGUCUCUGUUCUACGUUUGUUGGGCGAGAAAAUAGUAGACAGCGGUGGGACAAAUGCCUUAUCACUUAUCGAAACGUUUCUAGAGUUACUCGAAGCGACGUUAAAUUAUGUCUUCAUUUUGGCAUGGUCUAAUGAUCAUGGGUAAUCCCAAACAUCAAAUCCAUUAAGCAAUUGUUUACAUUUAAAACAUAAAACGCUUUAUUAAAAGAAUCAAACAUCGGACCAAAGGUAUAAACCGAAACAUUUUAACUUCAAAAUGUUAUUCAGAAAAUGGGCUCCGAUGUUUAAACUUGACUUUAAACAAUAAUAACAUUAAAAACAGAAUUCUUAAAUAAAUUUAUAAUGUUAUUAAUAACGAAAUCUUUUAAUUAUUAUUAAUACAAUACACGGCGAGAUUAUGUAUGUACUUUCAGUGUGUUUUUAAUUUCAAGCAUUUUUAAUGCUUCGUGGAUUAUUGUUACAACCCAGUUCCAUCUAGAUAUUGGUUUAAAAAUAAUGUGCCAAUCAUGAUUGCUUGAAAAAGGGAGAAAUUUAAUAAAAUCAUGGAUUAUGGCAAUAAAGUUUGAAUGAAACAUAUGAGAACCAAUCAUAACAGGGGCUCCUAACUUAUAAAUAAAUAUGUUUGACGUUACAUUUCUUUAGUCGAUCGUUAAGGGCAUUUUACCUAUAAUGUGUAUUUUAUUAAUGUUUUAAAAUUGUGUAAAAUUAAAUUAUUUUUCUUUACAAUACCUGCAAGUUAUCAUUAUUAUAUUAAAUAUUGUUGUUUUUGGUUUUAUUUAACAUAUUUUCUAAGUGCGCGCAAACCAGUGAGAAUAAGACAAAUAACUUAAUGGUGAUUGGCCUUUUAAAUUAAGGUAUUUUAGAUCAGUGUGUCCUAUUACAAAAUGUAAGUUUGUUUGGUAAACAUCGGCCCUUCAUUAUGGCACCAUGCACACUAUAAAAGGAAAGAAAGAGGGUAGCUAGGAAAAUAUUAUGUAAAGACUUUAAAAGUGGACUUUAUUUGCAGCAAGGUUACCAUUUAAUUUGUGUAAAAUAGUCAACAAUUUGUUUAUUCAAAGCCAUGUUCUUUCUCCUUUAUUCUAAAUAUUUUGUAAUGUUUUUGAUAGGGCUAUUAAUAAAAAACUGAUUAAUAUAUAUUGAUUUUCAUAAAGUAAAUUAAAGCGAGUUAACACUACUUUCGUAAAUUGAAAGUGGUUUGGCACUGAAAAAUACAUAUUAUGCAAAUUGGGAUCAGUUUGGUAGGAUUAUCACUAAUAGUAUAUUUAUUUGUUUGAGCUACGGCUUAGAAAUUCAUGCAUGAAAUUCAUGCUUUUUCAUUGCGCCACUAAAGGGAAUCAAACAUUUUGUAGCUCAUGUUUGAAGUAUAUCUAUUCCGUAUGAGUAGCAGAUUAUAACUUUUUAUAGUGAUUUUGUAUGCCUAUUUAGAAUAAAAAUAUUUGAUUUCGAAUUGUAUUAAUGACAGACAUUAACAUAGUCUACAACUUGACAAUGAUCAAUGAGAGUCGGAUUUUCUAACUGUGUUAACCAUAACUUAUUGGCUUACGGUUGGCUAGAUGAUUACAAAAACAUCUACCGCACAAGAACUUUUUCCUGUGUAAAAGCUAAAAUUAUAAGCUGUCGUUAAAGUCAUUACGAGGGGAUUGGCAAAUCAAAAUAUAAUGUCUCACUGGGGUCGUUGCCAAAGCUUAUGGUUUCAGUAAUUCUUAUACUUUGCUUGAUGCCAAAAAUUUGCAAGAAAUUCUUAAACUUAAUUAUUUUACAAAUCUCUUUUUAUUUUAAGAUUUAAGUUAUCAGUGUCAUAUGCGUAUGAAAAAUAUAUCUUUGAAUGAGGUUGUUAUGAAGACAGUACCAGGAAUGGCUUCAAACAUCAUUUGAGUAAAUAACACAUGUAUUCACAGGACUUUUGGCUACGUAACGAUAUUAUUAUAUAAAUAUUGGUAUUAAUCGUUUGUUUCGUGUUUUCGUGGGGCGUUUUCGGCCGGUUCAUUUUCAUUUGCAUAUGACAUUGAUAACAUUACUUAUUAUUAACUAACUGUAGAGAAAUGAGUAAAUUCCAUAAUAAUACUUAUAAUUGUUUAGAUAAGUGAGCUCCCCCUUGCUUGUAGUUGAUUUUUUUUUAAAUGUUACCUAGAAUUGAACGACCGCAACCCUCUUAUAGUCAAUGAUAAUUUUUAGACCUAGGUGUACUAAUAAGAAAAUACCUUGUUUUUAUUAUUUAUUUGUUUCAAUGGAAAUUAUAUAGGUAUAUUUUUAUUAUUGUAACCUACAUAGUUACGUUGGCUGUAAUUUAAUAUUGAUGUAAAAUUAAUAUAUGUAUUUUUAUUUCAACAA